AUGAUGCUCGCCAAUAAAGUGGUAAUAUCUGCGGGGUAUCGCCGCUGUACCUGGGCUAGCAGGGGUCAACCUACAGCGACGUCGCUAGCCUUGAGGCACCACUAUCACAUUGCGUCUCGCUUGUCGGCUGCCCGUCAUUUGCCCCCGAGCGAUAAAAUCAGCGAGGAGGAAGAUCCAUCCAGCACACGCUCACUGCUCGAUGCCAUAGAUUCUACGUCGAUGAUUGAAGGAAGGAUCGACGAAGAGAAAAUAACCUCGAUGUUGGGUGCAGGAAGCACGAACGUUUCAUGGACAGAACUCGACGAGAAGGUCAACAUAUAUCCUUCUGACCGUCGAUUUCAGGCUAUUGGUGAAGGCGGUGACGCGUUUGUUGCCGAAAUCGUGGAACUAGUGGAAGUAGCAUUGGGGCGGAAGGCUAGCCCUACGAAUGUGAAGUCCAGGCCGUCGAGCAAGGGCAAGUACGUAUCUGCUAGCAUAACCGUCAGAAUGGAAAACGGUGAGGAAGUUUUGGCAAUUUAUGCAGCACUGAAGGGUUGUGACAAAGUGAAGUGGUAUCUCUAA